CGCAGAGAUGGAGGCGGUGGCGGCGCUGCUUCUGCUGCUGCUGGCGGGCGCCGCGUCGGACACCCAGGCGACGGCAGAGGGUGGGCCGGAGCGGCUGGCGGAGCUGUUCGGCGGCGGCGUCAGCGGGCAGACGGCGGGGCACGAGUACCAGCUGGUGUACGUGCGGCGCGCCGCCCCCGACGCGCGAGACCGGGAGGCGGCCAGCUCGGGGGCGGCGGGCGGCGACGAGCGCCUCAGCUACAGCUUCUCAGCCUUCGGCCGGGACGUGUGGCUGCAGCUGCGGCCGAACCGGCACCUGGUGUCGCCGCACUUCCGCGCGGUGCGGCGCUCCGACGGCUGGGUGCACGAGGUGCCCGGCUCGCCGCCCGACUGCCACUACCUGCACCGCGGCGGCGGCGUCGUGGCGGCCGUCAGCCUCUGCGACCCCGACGACAUGAACGGCUUUGUGGUGCUGGACAACACCACGCUGGAGAUACGGCCGCUGACGGCGCAGCUGAGGUCGCUGCUGAAGGUCGAGCCCUCGGAGAGCGAGCAGCUGCACGUCGUGAGGAGGGCGCCGCCGCUCGACGUGCCCAUGUUCGGCGACUCAGUACAUUUCCCGGAAAAUGCACUUGUGGAGAACUCUCCAAUAUGGUUUGCCAAGAGGCGCAAGCGGAAGGCCUCCUCACCGAGGCUGACGGUGGAGGCGGCUGUGUUCCUGGACGAGGCCGGCUACAAGCUGUUCUCCCCGUUCUUCGGCGGCGACGACCGCCAGCUCAGGGACAUGCUGCUCGCCUACAUGAACGGGGUGCAGGCGCUGUACCACCACCCGAGCGUGGGCCAGCCCGUGGACAUCACGCUGGUGCGCAUGGAGCUGAUGAGGACGCAGCCCAGCGACCUGCCGCACCACGGCGGAGAGCGAGGCCCGCUGCUCGACUCCUUCUGCGACUACAGCGCGCGGCACAACCCGGCGGGCGACUCCGACCCGCGCCACUGGGACAUGGCGCUCUACGUCUCCGGCCUCGACUUCUUCGCCUACGAGGGAGGUCGCAAAAGUGGAGUCACUAUGGGACUGGCGACGGUGGGCGGCGUGUGCAUGGACAAGUACGCGUGCGUCAUCGCGGAGCUGGGCACGACCAACGUGUUCGGCAAGCCGUAUCCUUCCGCGGGCUUCACCUCCGUCUACAUCCUGGCGCACGAGAUGGGGCACAACCUCGGGAUGCACCACGACGGCAGCCAGAACUCGUGUCCCAAGGACGGCUUCAUCAUGUCCCCCUCCAGGGGCACCUCGGGCGAGACGCAGUGGUCGUCCUGCAGCGCUGACGUCAUGAAGAAGCUCAGCUGGGCCACGUGCCUGGACGACGCGGCCGCCCCUCCGCCCGCCGACAUGGACCAGUCGCGCUUCCUGGACGAGCCUGGCCAGCUGUGGGGCGCCAAGCGCCAGUGCGAGCUGCUGCUGAGGGACAAGGACGCCGUGCUGCUCUACCCGGACAAGCUGCAGGACAUAUGUGAAAACUUGAAAUGCAAGACUCCUCAUCGGUCAGGCUAUUACUUCGCUGGACCGGCGCUGGAGGGUACCAGCUGUGGAUCGGGACUGUGGUGUCGCGGCGGGGAGUGCGUCGUCAUGAAGAAGAAGAAGCCGGCGCAGGUCGUGAAGGGAGGCUGGAGCGACUGGAAACCAGGCAAAUGUUCCUCCGGAUGCAUCAUCAAGUCCAGAGGUUUCCAGGCUCGCAAGAGGACCUGCGACAACCCGAAGCCCGUGAACACUGAAGAAGGCUGCGAGGGACCCAGCUUCGACGUGGUGCUUUGCAAGGACGACAAGAUCUGCAAGAAGGGCAAGCGGCGCUCGGCCAUCGACUACGCCACCAAGGCGUGCGCCGAGUUCAGCAAGCUGCUGCCUGACCUGGACAGCGAGCCGUCCGGCCUUCAGGCGCCGCACGAGGAAGGUCGGCUGUGGAUGGCGUGCUCCGUGUUCUGCCGGCGGAAGGGCAGCGGCUCCUUCUACACGCCGCGGCUCGACCUCAACGACCUGGGAGUGGACCCGUACUUCCCCGACGGAACCUGGUGCCACCGCGAUGCCGCCGGCAACCACUACUGCCAGCAGCACCACUGCCUGCCCGAGAACUACCGCCUGGGCAAGAGCGCGCGCCCCGAGGACGACGGCGGGGACGUGCCGCUGCCGCAGAACGCGCCGCCCAGGCCGGCGCCCCCGGGAGACGAGCUGCUCAGGUACCUGAGCCUGGGCGCCGACGGCCGGCCGCUGCUCACCACGCUCACGCCGGGCUCCACCCGCGCGCCCGCCGAGCACGAGUGGACCGACCACGACUACCGCGAGGUGCCGCCGCAGCCCUUCCUCGUCGACUACUAGUCGGCGGUCCCGGGGGGCGACAGCUUCGUCCAAUCAUGCCAACAACAAACAAAACAAUUAUUUAUACCGUCCAGGGCCGGAUUUAGAGGAGGGGCCCCCACAAUAGAGACUUCGGAAAAAAAAAAAAAAUCUUUCAAAUUCCGACAAGUAAACACUAGUAAACAUAUUUUCCUUUGAUAUUCUUUUUUUCGCUGUUUUACCUUUACCUACAGUUGGUACUUUGUACAUAGGUACAUGAUUAUAUUGUUGUUAAAUAUAAACAGAAAUAAUCAUUAACACUAAAAUUUAAUUUCAUAUAAUUCUUGUCUCCGAUUAUAUUUAUGUCUGUUUUUUAAAUACAAAGAUAAUCUACUUGAUUUCACAAUAAAUUAUUUAUUGGAAUACUCGACUGAAAAAAAUUGUUCAUUUUAUUUGUAAAAUAAUUUGGGGCCAGGGGGUCUACGCUCCUCUGUUGCCCCGAGGCCUCCAGACCUCUAAAUCCGGCCCUGCUACCGUCCCAAAAUCGAACAUUGACAUCAAUAAUUUUUACAUAAAAUUAUACUUAUUGUGAUAGCGGGCAUUUAUAAUAAUGCUGACGAAAAGCUGGAUUUAUUAACUUUUACUAUGUAAAACAACGCUGGCGGUUUUUUAUUGGUGGAAAAUGGCGAUGAGAAACACACACACAAAAGGAAUAAUCCCUGAAAAUAGACAAAAACCUAUACGUACAUCUGUGUUUUCUUCACAGUUUGUUUUCAACCUGUAGUCCCUCAAGACUUAAACUUUUCCAGGGCCUCUGGGAAGGAGGAAUUUCACUGUUUCUUAAGCCUCGUUUACUAGUUCACUAGCUACUGUUUAGCUGAAAGAAAAAAAUCGCGUGAGUUUGACAGCGUGCUGUUAGUUCAGCGGGUACCAGUUGCACAGAGCGAGUAAAAAUUUCUUACUCGCUCACAAGAGGUUCAGCUGGUGAUCAUAUUUAUGUUCUUGAAUCACUUUACUUGAAAAUUCCUUUUAUUUUGUUUCAACAAUCAAAUGCAACAAGAAUUGCAAGCGAGCAACGAGAAUAAUAGAAUCGGCCUUUAAAAUUAUAAAAAUUCUGAUGAUUCUGAAAGGUGAGUUAAAAUUAAAUGAUUUUUUUUUCUAAAACUAAUUGAACGAUAUCACAUAGCAGCCAGUAAAAUUGACUAUAAAUCUAAAAAGUUCCAGUGUCAUAUUCCAUUUCAUGCUUCUUAUCCACACUGCUCAAAAACGUUUAAAAUGCAACUUUGCCAUCUAAUUAUGUAAAAACGUACGUUUUAAAAGUCGGCAAGUUUAACAGUUUGGAACGUCAAUAUAAAAAAAAAGGUUUAGAACAGUACAAACACCUUUAAAAAAAUGCGUAACUACAAUAGCUAUUCUUUUCGUUAAACAUCGCCUGCAAAGUCUAUUCUAGUCUACAUACUCUAGAGCAGUCUUUCAAUCCUUUUCUUUCUUUAAAUAACACGGGUAUAGUUUCACUUCUUUAAAAAGGAAAAUAUAGGUACUUUCAAAACAGACUUCUAAAUUGAUUAGAUAUUAACACAAUUUGUUUUUUCAGUUCCUCCAGUAAUUAUUGCAAAGUCACUUUUAUCAUCAAAAUCAUAAUGCUAAACACUUGAACUGUGAUUCCUAUUCCGAACAUUUUAUUUCGUGUUCUUAAAUCUCUCAUUGGAAUCUGAUUUUGGCACCAAAUAUUCUUAGCUGUCAUCAUUCGUAUUUAGCUUUGAAAACUGAAUACCUUUCCGGUAAAGAUCUUGGCUUCAUAGGUGGGCGUAAAAUAGAAAAUAGGCGAGUGGCAGGGUAGCUCCGCCACAUUCUCGUGGUCCUUCCCAUGAGAGUGUUUGUCCACCUGUGCUCACCCAUGGCCUCCUUGUACCAUUCUGGCGCCGACAACUUCCGUAACGUCAUAGACAGGCGACCCAAACACAGUCGGAACUCGUCGACAAUCGAAGCUCCGCAGAUCGCUAACCCAAGUAAUGGAUUCAGGUUCAAGUUGUUCUGUUACAUAAUUAAACGGCCUGCAUAACAAACACAAAAACAAAGCAGAAUCACAGUUUGUAUAGAAUAGAUUUAACUAUGUUCGUAAACAUUUAUCAGAGUAUCCGUAAAAGACAAUUGUUGCCAUUACCACCACAUAGGCGUACUUCUUCGAGCAGUGUAUCAUUUAUUGGAGACGUGUGAUUAAUAUUAAUUAAUCUAAACUUCACGUUUUUUCUAGUCAUAUUAAGUAUUUUUUUACUACUUCUGACGAAGUGCUGUCUAUAUAUAAAUAUUUGUUUAUGUAUAGUUGUAAGUGAGUUUUUUUACAAUUUUAUAAUGCUGCAUGUAUGUCUGACGUUGACAUGUGCUUAAUGUUGUACUAAAUUCCGUGUGUAUGACUCACUAUAUUUUUAUCUACUGACAAUACUAUGCAUAUACCUACAAUAGCGCUAUCAAAUUUUUCAUUCAAAAAACCACUACACAUAAUAAAUAAUAUACUAAAAAUCUAAAACUUACCCUACUGUCAGGCACACCAAAACUAAGAGAGCUGAGGCUUUAUUAUGCGUAAAUAAGUGCACUGUACAACAAUUAAAAUUAAUUUUAUUUUUCAAAAUUCAACUAUGCAAUUAAUAUAAAACCAAAGCACACACGACAGUCAAAAUUGAAGAAAAGAAAAGUGCCUAGCAUGUAUUCAUAAAUAGAAAACUUGUCUACUGUAUGUAUGAAUUUGUAUAAGCUUCCUAGAUUGUAUAUUCUGAUAUCACUUUAGUAUAGCUAAAGUAUAGUUUAAGUUCUUUUGAUAGAAAAAAAUAUUUUAUUUCAGUAUACUGUACAUUUAUGAUAAGUAAUUUAGAUUUGUAUUGAAAUAAACAAUUUCCAAACAA